CAGCAGCUUGCAUUAAUCACUUAACUCUCCUUACCAAUCCACCUCGUGCAUACAUCAGCAGGAUUACCUUGAUAAUGAACAACCUUCCAGAAGCCAAAGGGGCUACAAGGUCCUCUAGUAUCCGACUAGAAUAUAUGCCCCAGCAGGCCUGGGUACGGGCCGCCGGAGACGAUUGGACGGGAAUCAUAGAUCGCAAGGAACGGCGGCGACUGCAAAAUCGACAUAAUCAGAGGGCAUACCGCUUAAGGAGGAAGGGAAUAGUGGCCGAACCACCGGAAGACACAUCUUCUACGUCCUCUACGGCAAGCUUAGAAAUUGUACUACGAAGCCCAUCCGAUGGAUCUCAUGUGGAAACUGCAGAGGAUCUUCAAUGUACCCAUGCCCCACCAUAUGCACUGCAGUUCCGACAAUGGUUCGAAGCGACAGCCCGGGACAGUUAUCUCCGGGGGUCGCCCAAAACAGAGCAUUUGAUCAGUCUCAGCCGUUUGAACGUUCAUAGAGCCAUCAUUGAGAAUAUAUGCGCCAUAGGGAUGACCAAUGACUGGACCAAGAGUGACGACUCGAUCUCCAUCUUCAAUCUCGUUCAACCUGGGUUCCAAGAGGGUAAUAUCCCGCCGAGUUUGCGCCCAACACUGAUUCAACGAAGUGUACCGCAUCAUCCCUGGCUGGACUUCUUUCCCUUCCCCCACAUGCGAGAUAACCUUAUUACUGCUGGGGAUAUGCUAGAUGACGACGAUCUUUGUCAUGAUCUGAUGGCUUUCUGGGAUACUAGGAAUACGGGCGCCACAUUACUCGUGUGGGGAGAACCCUCAGACCCGAACAACUGGGAGGUUACGGAGGGAUUUGCGAGAAAGUGGGGUUGGCUGCUCCGGGGGUGUUCAGAGCUGUUAGUUUCUAGCAAUCGUUGGAGAAUGAGGCGAGGAGAACGGCCUCUUAUUUGGAGACAGGUCCUCCAGCUACAAUAGAAGACUACAUGUGGAGCAAAUUAAGGCAUUCGAAUAGUUUUGACAUUGCUUCGUAAUCUAACGCUCGGGAAUUGUAUAUCGUGUAUUCAGAAAUUGGAUCAUUCAUGCAUACCGAUAAUUUGGUGGUGCUAUAGACCUGGUAGGGCUGGCAGGAGCAUAUGGAGG